AUGGAUCGAAAGGAGAAGAAACAAAAGCUUGACACAUCAGGAAUCACAAGUCUCUCUCUCUCAAAGAUGCAUCUAAAGUUUAAGAAGAAGAAGAAGACGAAGAAGCAAAAAAAUUCAGAAAAUCACAAUCCCUCUCUGUCAAAGAAUAAAGAUUUGGUAAUCUCAAGUCCUUCUCUGUCAAAGAUUGAUGUGAGACAAGUGAUGAAGAAGCAAAACGAUGUCGCUAUGUUACUUGCUAGGAAAGCAAUCUCUGCGGUAGCCAAAAACUCUAAUUUCGUCUUCUCUCCUGUAUCAAUCAGUGCGGUACUCACCAUGGUUGCUGCUAGCUGCGAUGAAGAAAGUGAAGAACUAAGAUCCUUCAUCCUCUCCUUCCUUAGGUCUUCCUCAACCGAUGAACUCAAUGCAGUUUUCCAUGAAAUAGCUUCCUUUGUCCUUGUUGACGGAAGAAAAAAAGGCGGCCCCAAAAUCGCUGUCGUUAAUGGAGUUUGGAUGGAGCAAUCACUACCUGUUAGUCCCUCGUUGAAAGAUAUUUUUGAGAAUUUCUUCAAGGCUGCUUUUGAGCAAGUUGAUUUCCGAACCAAGGUUAGCUUAUGCAUGAUUUCUCUAUCACAUCAAGAUAUGUCUAAAUCAUAUCACAUUCAAUGUUUUCUUCAUUUUCCUUAUAAUCCCAUAUAUUUUUUGUUGUUUUUGAAGGCUGAACAAGUGCGUAUGGAAGUGAAUUCUUGGGCAUCACGUCACACCAAUGGUCUCAUCAAAAAUCUUCUUCCUCAUGGAUCAGUUACAAGGCUAACCGACAGGAUUCAUGGAACCGCAUUGUACUUCAAAGGAUCUUGGGAAAAAAAAUUCCAUAAGUCAAUGACGGAACGCAAACCUUUUUACCUUGUCAAUGGAACAACAGUGUCUGUACCCUUCAUGAGUAGCUCUCAUAAACAAUACAUUGAGUCUUAUAAUGGUUUCAAGGUCCUCAGUCUUCCUUAUAGACAAGACCGCGACGAGGAUACUGACCGCGGCUUUUCAAUGUAUUUCUAUCUCCCGGACAUGAAAGAUGGAUUGGAUAAUCUUUUAAAGAGAAUGUCAUCUACCCCUGGAUUCUUGGAUAGUCACAUUCCCAAAGAAAAAGUUAAAGUUGGUGAAUUCAGAAUUCCAAAGUUUAAGAUCGAAUCAGGGUUCGAAGCUUCAAGUUAUUUCAAUAACUUUGUGCUUGAUGUGUCAAUGUACCAGAAAGUUUUUAUUGAGAUUGAUGAAGAAGGUACUGAAGCUUAUGCUUGCACUGAUUUUCAUGUUCCAUACAAUGGCUGCUCUUGGGUGAGGCCGAUAGAUUUUGUAGCAGAUCAUCCAUUUGUUUUCUUGAUUAGAGAAUACCAAACCGGAACUGUUUUGUUCGCUGGCCAAAUCUUCGAUCCUUCUGCUUAG